CGAGAUGCGUUUCGCUGCUUUCGCAGUGUUUAUAUUAUGAGUGUUUACGUCGUGUAUCUGAGUGUAUGGUUUGCAGGUUUGCAUGAAAUUAUGCAUUUAUGUAGGUGCUAACAGUCGUGGUAAACAGUUCGCACGAUCGCCAUGGCGUCUACUGUCAAGUACGCUCCGCUGCGGUCGUCGUCGGAAGUGGAGGUCGACCAGUGCUCCCUCAAGGUGAAGGGACCGUCGAGUUACCACACGCAGCUGAAGCCGCGUAGCAGCAGUAGCUGGAGCCUGUUCAGAGUGCUGGCGCUGUUGCUCACGAUCACCGGUGUCGUCGUGCUCUGUGUACAGUUCAACCUCCUCUGGUACAUGACUAACUUCCUCCGUGGCGCGACGACGGGCAACGACCCGGACGACCUCCACGCCGGGAAGAUCGACUUCUUUAGUUGGAUGACGAGCGACGCGAAGGAGGGGGACGAACGCACGCCGCCCGUCUGCCCGUGGGUUCCCGCGACGCUCAAGUUCGACUGUUACCCCGAGGGAGGCGUCACGCAGGAGAAGUGCGAGACGCGCGGCUGCUGCUGGGUGAUACCAGAUGGCGCUGCAGGCAACGAGAAGCCGGCGGAGAACGGUUCGCAUUGGAAGGUUCCGCUGGCUGAACCGUACUGCUACUAUCCGGAGGAUUACCCGUCGUAUUCGAUGAGCGAUGUUCGUGAGACGGCGACGGGAUACGAAGCCAAACUCGUGCGUGGCGUGCCGUCGUACUACCCCGACGACAUCCUCAGCCUCAAGCUGCAAGUGAAGCUGGAAUCACGCACGCGACUGCACUUCAAGAUUUUCGAUCCGAAGCAAAAGAGAUAUGAGGUGCCGAUCGAGACGCCUGAUGUUAGCAGUAAGGCAGAUGUAACGGAUUAUGCAGUAAAUUUCACGGCUAACCCCUUUAGCAUCAUCGUUACGAGAAAGACUACUGGUGCUACACUUGCAAAUAUUCAAACAUAUAUGAACAAGAAAUGUUUUCUCGUGCUGAAAGCUUUGGCUGUUCCCUUUAGAUUUGUGACGAUGAGUAUGGAGAACUCGAACCUGUACGGUGUCCACCCGUUCUACAUGGUCAUGGAGGAGGAUGGAAACAGCUUUGGCGUGUUUCUGCUCAACAGCAACGCUCAGGCUGAUUCUGAAAUGUCUGCAAAGCACAGAGUGCGACACCUAGCGCCACCUAGUGACACUCAGUGGAAUGACAUUGAUUACAUGACAAGGUACCUGGACUUCACGCUCAACACUGCAAACUAUUCCGAACUGCCAAAAAUCAUUGACGACCUUCACGCCCAUAACCAACACUAUGUGAUGAUUGUGGAUGUGAACGAGCCAACGUCGCACGUUGGAUCCGUGACCGGAUGUAGCAAUGACUCUAGAUGGGACAAUCCUCCCUACGUGCCAGGUGGGCGGGCGGGUCAGGAUGUGAACGAGCCAACGUCGCACGUCGGAUCCGUGACGGGAUGUAGCAAUGACUCUAGAUGGGACAAUCCUCCCUACGUGCCAGGAGUCACCGAUGAUUCACUGCAGGCAAGAACUCUCUGUCCGUCUGCCAAGCAAUAUGGCGGUCGUCACUAUGACUUACACAGUCUUUAUGGACUCAUGGAGAUGAAAGCCACAUAUAACUUCUCGCUGAGCGUGAGCGUGUGUAAAACGACCUUAUCAUCUCCGCUCGACCUCCUACCAGUGCGGGCAAAUAUGGCGGCCACUGGCUCGGCAGACAAAUGCAAGUGUGUGGAAACACAUGUACUACUCCAUCACAGGCAUCCUCAGUUUCUCGAUGUUUGGCUGCCGCUGAUAGGUGCUGACAUCUGUGGGUUUAAUGGUAACACAACUAGAGCAGUUUGUCAGCGCUGGAUGCAGCUUGGUGCUUUCUACCCGUUCUCCCGCAAUCACAAUUCAUUGCACAUGAGCCCUCAGGAUCCGGCGGUGUUUGGGGCGGCGAUGCAGUCGUCGAGUCGUGCUGCCAUGACGACGCGCUACCUGCUGCUGCCUUACCUCUACACGCAGUUCCACCACGCGCACAGCACAGGUCGCACUGUCGCUACACCACUGUUCUUCGCGUUCCCCAAGGAUAAGCAGACGUAUGACAUAGACAGACAGUUCUUGUGGGGAGAUGCUCUACUCAUCUCACCUGUUCUCACGGAGAAUACGACGAGUGUGUUGGCGUACUUGCCGCGCGCGACCUGGUACGACUUCUACACGGGCCGCGUGCUGCCAUCUAGUGGUCGCUACGUGACCUUGGACGCACCGAUGGACACGAUCAAUCUUCACGUGAGAGAGGGUCGGAUCCUUCCCACGCAGGAGCCUGCACUCACCACCGUAGAUAGUCGUAAGAACAAAUUCGGCCUGUUGGUGGCGCUAGCGUCUAAUGGGGUGGCUAGUGGCGACUUAACUAAGAGUACUCUCAUGUGA